CAAGCGCCACCGUAUUUUUGUCAUAAAAAAAAAGGAAAAAAAAAUUUUUUUUUUUAAAUUUGUGAACGAGAGUAGUUCUGUAACGGUCAUUUGUAGCAGCCAUUUUGUACCAGUGUUUCAUUCCGCAUUAAACGUUAUUUUUUGCAAAACCGCAGUACUUUAAUAUUUUUACAGUCCAUUAAAGAUCGACAAACAUCUGGUCCGUCGAGGCGGAUCAAGAAGAAAAGAGAGACAACUUCGCAAGCAAAUAAGAUUGGGUCAAACUUCAUUAAGUCACCUAUCCAAGGUAGGAGGAAUUUACCUGUCCGUUAUACGUGGUAGACAGUUUAAAAUGGAUCAACUCGAGAAAUUAAAGAAAAAGCGCGCUUCGAUAAGAGCUAGUGUGACGAAAUUAAUUAGUAAAAUCGAUAGUUUAAUUGAAAGCGACGAUAAAGAGACAGAAACUCAUCUAGAAAUACUGGAUCAGUUGAGUCGAAAGGAAGAGUCAUUGAGAACCUUAAACGGGGAGAUUGAGGGUUUCAUUACUAGCCCAACUGAUUAUGACACUGAGAUAGUCAAUAGUGAAGAAUAUGAGGACAAAAUUAUAAGUUGUAAAUUUAAGAUCCAGUCUCGUAUUAAACGAAUAGAAGCAGAUUCGUCCGUGGUCACGGUGACUCAGGGCCCCGUAGUUCGAAAUAAUUCCGCCAAUAUUAAUUUGCCGGAGAUUCCUCUACCGAAAUUCUCUGGAAAAUAUGAAGAAUGGAGUAACUUUAAAAUGCAAUUUGAUAAUAUCAUUUCGUCAAACGAGCAACUGUCGGCAGAACAAAAACUACAUUAUUUGAAGGCUGCUCUCGUAGGGGAAGCUAAGAGUUUAGAAACGUUAAACGAUUCAUUUGCUUCAUUGUUUCAAGCGCUACAAGAAAGGUACGAAAAUAAGAAAUUAAUAGUAGAAACCCAUGUUAAUGCGAUUCUGGACUCUGUAAAAUUACCUUAUGAGUCAGCAAGGGGUUUGAGGAGUUUAAUUGAUAGCAUCAAUAGAAAUAUGCGAGCACUAAAAGUCCUAGGAUAUGAAAGGAAUGAGCUUUCUGAUAUCUUAAUUUUAAAUAUCGUACUUCAGAAGCUGGAUAAGGAGACUCUAAAACAGUAUGAGUUCAGUAUCAGUUCGAAUGACGUUCCUAAACUAGAUAAUUUGAUUUCAUUUUUGGAAAAGCGUUCUCAGAUUUUAGAAAAUAUUAAUAAGACCACGUUCGUGAAACCAAGGUGUAGUCAAGAUAGAGUUAAACCGAAAAGCUUGUUCAUAAAAUACAAUUCUAUGUCUCAUUGUAUUUUAUGUAAGCAAAAUCAUCCUGUUUACACUUGUGAUUCCUUUUUACGGCUUGAAGCCUCCCAAAGAAACGAUGUGGUGGCCAAAAACAACCUCUGUUUCAAUUGCUUAAGUGAUCGGCAUAAGUUAUCCAGUUGCAACUCUAAGAGCUGCUGUAAGAUAUGCCGAAAGCGACAUAAUACAUUACUGCAUCGAGAGAAACAAGCUAUGAUUGGUUCAAAUGUGCCAGUGGUCGACAGCAAACCGACUCCAAUCAAGCAGGACCUUAAUCCCGACGCAAUAGAGUUUCGUGAAGGUAUACCUCACUCACUGUCAUGCAUUGACAAUGGAAAUAAGACAGUAAUUCUCUCGACAGCCAUGGUUUGGGUUUUAAAUCAUACUACCGGAGCCAGCAUUCAAGCGCGCGCAGUAUUGGACUCGGGCAGUAUGUCAAAUAUCGUUACUAGAGAUUUCGCAAGUCGUCUGGGUACCCCGCAAGAAAGAAUCGAUCUCACAGUCUCCAGUAUAAGUGGAAAUAAAACCUCGGUCAAGUUUAGGCUGAUUGCCACAAUAAUAAACGGCAAUGGAUCUUUUUCUAAGAAGCUAGAGUUCUUGGUGGUGCCAAGGAUCACGGAUUUACUUCCUGUUUCCUCUCUACACAUUAGCAAAACAGAAAUUCCAUGUCAGUUAGCUGAUCCAAGAUUUGCUACACCAGGCAAGAUUGACAUGCUUAUUGGAGCUGAAGCAUUCUUUGAAAUAGUUAAGAACGAUCAAAUUCGUCCAUCGUGCAAUAAUAACCUAACAUUUCGUAACACAGUUUUUGGAUACAUCGCAACUGGAUCUACAGAAUCUAAUAAUCAAGAUCAAUAUUGUGGACUAAUAUCAGAGCCAGAGUCAGUCGAUAAGUGUUUACAAAGGUUCUGGCAAAUAGAGACUCUAACAGAGGCUCCAAGUUUGAUGAGUAAAGAAGAGGAGUAUUGCGAAGAUCAUUAUCAAAGAACUCACAGACGUAAUGAGGACGGGAGAUAUAUUGUGCAGAUGGCAACCAAGGACAUACAAAACUUGGGAGAGUCAAGGAAAUUAGCAUUGAGGAGAUUGAAUCAGUUAUGGAAGAGACUAUCAAGGAACAAUCAGUUAAAGGAGUUAUAUCAGAAUUUCAUGAAGGAGUAUUUGGAUUUGGAUCAUAUGGAAAAGGUGCAAGAGCAUUCUGGUGAUCAGGUAGCAAACCCCAUAUGUUAUUACCUUCCGCAUCAUGGUGUGUUUAGACCAGACAAAACCACUACAAAGUUAAGGGUAGUCUUCAACGCAUCUGCUCCCACAACUUCUGGACUGAGCUUAAAUGAUCAUCUCUUGAAAGGUGAAGUAAAGGAAGAUGUUUUCGAGAUUAUGACAAGAUUUCGAAAAUACAAGUACGCAUUUACAGCAGAUAUCCAGAAAAUGUUUCGUCAAAUUCUAAUUGAGCCCUCGCAACGAGAUCUCUUAAGAAUUGUUUGGAAGAACGAGGAAGAUGAAAUGCCAGUCACCUAUAGACUGAAAACUGUGACUUACGGAACCGCCAGUGCUCCCUUUCUUGCGGUGAGAACUCUUAAGCAGUUAGCUCACGAUGAAGCAGCAAGCUAUCCUCUGGCCUCUAAAACCAUAUUACGAGAUGUCUACAUGGAUGACAUCGUAUCAGGUGAGCAAGAUUUCGAUGCUGCCCUCGAACUACAAUCUCAGUUGUGCAAUAUGUUGAGCACAUGUGGAAUGACACUACACAAAUGGAAUUCUAAUUCAAUGAAAUUGAUGAACAGCAGUUCACCAGAAAAUAAAGAGCAUUGCUUUUCCUCAAGUGCGGAACCAACAGUAAAAACCUUAGGCAUUAUUUGGAAACCGGUUGAAGAUCAGUUCAUAUUCAAGGUAUCGAUUCCAGAAAAAUUGCUUUAUACGAAACGAGAAGUGUUGAGUGUCAUCGCCAGGCUUUAUGACCCCUUGGGUCUUCUAGCACCAGUUAUAAUUCGAGCAAAGAUCUUUCUACAGAAACUGUGGCUCAGUAAGCUCAAUUGGGAGGAUACUCUACCAGAAAACCUUAAUUAUGAAUGGGUGAACUUUGUAUCGUCCUUGAAGGCCUUGGACGACCUUAAGAUUACUAGAUAUAUUUUGACAGACCCCCUUCAAAGAGCUGUCUUGCUAGGAUAUGCAGAUGCUUCGGAGUCAGCUUAUGGAGCAGUAGUUUACAUGCAUUGCAUAAAGGAAGAUGGAGCUGGCAAGACACGACUUAUUGCUAGUAAAUCUCGUGUUGCUCCUCUUAAGGUCAUUACAAUCCCUCGAUUAGAGCUAUCAGCUUGUCUUGUACUGUCUCAGCUGAUCAAGAAAGUACGCUCAUGUCUGCGAAUGGAUAUAGCUGAGGUGAUCUUACACACAGAUUCAACUAUUGCCAUCGCUUGGAUCAACACUCCCGCAUAUCGCCUGAAGACCUUUAUUGUGUGAGAUUAGCCGGGGUUA